AGCUAAUUACCUUCCGGCCGGAUUAUAAUGUUUCCAUCUUCAACAUCAAACAAUAUUUUGACUUCAUCAACAUCCAAAUGACCACCUCCUCCUCCUCCGCCUCUCGACCUCCCGGCCGCCUCCGCAAAUCCGUCACGUGCCUCUUCGUCGCUCUCCUCCUCGUCUACGUAUUCUACUCCGCCAAAGUCAUCCUCGUCAAGGACUACUCCUCGUCCUCUUCCUCAUCGUCGUCCCCUCGGUCUGACUGUGUUAUCAGGGACGACGACGAGGACGACCCGCACAUUCGCCUCUCUGUUGUAGUCCCAUCUGCGCCUCCUCCUCCUCCACCACCUCCCUUUCCCCCGCCUCCCCCGCAGCGUCCCUCCUUUUGGGACGACACGGAGCUUAGGCACGUCGUGUUCGGGAUUGCAGCGUCGUCGAGCCUGUGGGAGAGGCGGAAGGAGUACAUAAAGACGUGGUGGAGGCCCGAGGAGACGCGGGGGGCGGUCUGGCUCGACAAGAAGGUGGAGGUGGGGAGGAACGAGGCGCUGCCGGAGAUCAAGGUCUCCGGUGACACCUCGAGGUUCAACUACACGAACCGGCAGGGCGACAGGUCCGCCCUGCGGAUAUCAAGGGUGGUGUCGGAGACGCUGAGGCUGGGGAUAGAGGACGUGCGGUGGCUGGUGAUGGGGGAUGACGACACGGUGUUCUUCGUGGACAAUGUGGUGAGGGUGCUCAACAAGUAUGACCACAACCAGUUUUACUAUAUCGGCAGCUCUUCGGAGAGCCACGUCCAGAACAUAUUCUUCUCCUACUCCAUGGCCUACGGGGGCGGAGGGUUUGCCAUCAGUUACCCGUUGGCCACGGAGCUGGAGAAAAUGCAGGACCGGUGCAUUUCCCGGUACCCCGGGUUGUAUGGGAGUGAUGAUCGGAUUCAUGCUUGCAUGGCGGAGCUAGGUGUUCCCCUUACCCGUGAGCCAGGAUUUCACCAGUAUGACGUGUAUGGGAAUUUACUAGGACUACUAGGAGCACACCCUGUGGCACCACUAGUAUCAAUCCAUCACCUUGACGUAGUGGCACCAAUCUUUCCAAAAAUGACUCGAGUGGAGAGCCUGAAACACCUAUUCGAGUCGGUGAAACUCGACUCCGCAAGCAUAAUGCAACAAUCCAUCUGUUACGACAAAGAAAGGUAUUGGUCCAUAUCGGUGUCUUGGGGCUACGCCAUUCAAGUCAUCAGAGGCAUGGUUUCUCCUCGGGAGUUGGAGAUGCCGACUCGGACCUUCUUGAACUGGUACAGAAGAGCGGAUUACACGGCAUACGCCUUCAACACUCGACCUGUCACUAGGCACCCUUGCCAGAAGCCAUUUGUUUAUUAUGUCACCAAAGUGAGGCUGGACAGAAGCAGGAAUGAUAUUAUUGGGAUAUAUUAUCGUCACAGAGAGACACACCCUUAUUGUAGGUGGAAAGGCGAGUCUCCCCAAAAUAUAGACUCUAUUGUUGUCUUGAAACAGCCUGAUAGUACCAGGUGGGAAAAGUCGCGAAGGAGAGAUUGUUGUAAAGUCUUACCGUCGAGACAAAAUGCAAGAAAUCUCUACUUAUGGGUGGGGAGUUGCAAACAAGGUGAAGUGAGUGAGUUCUAGAGCACAUAGAAGUUAAAAGCUCAAUAGCAACCUUGCAUAUUACAUAUGCAUCAUGAUCAAUUCAAAAGAGACAGUGAUAAAAAAACAUCAAUAGUGCAAGCUCUUACAUGAAAGAAUAUGAAUCAGAUGCAAUGAACUUGACAUCAAGAAAUGUUCGUGAAACUA